AUGGAACCAUACAAGCUCACUGCCACUGAGGCACUCGCAAAGUUCAAAGACGGUUCGCUCACCGUUGAGGACUAUGCUCGUUCUCUGCUAGCGAGAAUCGAGAAGAGAGAUGCGGCAGUCAAAGCUUGGGCAUACCUCGACCCGGAUUAUGUCAUUAAACAGGCCAAGAAGCUUGAUCAGAUACCACAGGAGAAGAGAGGGCCUCUUCAUGGUGUUGCGGUGGCUGUAAAGGACGUUAUAUAUACCAAGGAUAUGCCGACCCAAUACAACUCUCCGAUCUACGAAGGAGAUGCGCCACAGGUAGAUGCUGCUUCUAUAAUCACUCUACGCCAUGCUGGUGCAUUAAUACUGGGCAAAACCACUACCACCGAGUUUGCAUCGACGCUAUAUGGAGGCAGGACAUGUAACGCUCACGAUUCGACGAGGACACCGGGCGGUUCCUCUUCAGGAUCCGGCGCCGCAGUUGGAGACUUCCAGGCCCCCAUUGGCCUUGGAACCCAAACCGGUGGCAGUACUAUCAGGCCGGGGUCUUUCAACGGAAUCUACGCGUUUAAGCCAACAUGGAAUUCGAUCAGCCGAGAGGGUCAGAAGAUUUACUCUCUCCUUUUCGAUACUCUCGGUCUAUACGCACGGAGUGUGGAAGACCUGCAACUCCUAGCUGAUGUUUUCUCAUUGGAGGAUGACGAACCAGUGGAGGAGUCUUUCGAGAUUAAAGGGGCAAAGUUCGCUCUACUCAAGACCACUGUAUGGCCACAAGCAGGUCCAGGGACGAUAGCCGCAAUGGAACUCGGUGCAAAGCUCCUGCGAGAUCAUGGAGCGGAGGUGGAGGAAAUUGAGUUGCCCUCUGAGUUCAAUGAGGCGCCUCACUUCCACCAUAUCCUCCUCCACAGCGAAGGCCGCGUCUCCUUCUUGCCCGAAUACAGAACGGCGAAAGACAAGCUGAAUCCUUUCCUGGUCGGCCACGUUGACAAUAUUCACAAGAUUUCUCGUGCAGACCAGCUGAAAGCUUUCGACGGCAUGGCAGCAUUGAGGCCCAAGAUCGAUGGAAUUGCUAGUAAAUAUGCAGCUAUACUUACGCCUAGCGUCCCCGACGUUGCCCCCGUUGGUCUCGCAAGCACGGGCAGUGCAGCUUUCAACAGCGUCUGGACGGGAUUGCACACACCCGUUACGAACAUUCCAGGAUUCAAGGGCGAGGCCGAUAUGCCCAUUGGCCUUUCACUUGUCGCACCUAGAUACCACGAUAGACAUCUGUUAGCCGUUUCAAAAGCCGUUGGGAAGAUCUUCGAGACAGAAGGUGGAUGGAAGCCGAAGAAUAUCUAG